UUUCAGACGAAUCCUGCUAUGAACUAACACUUGUCAAUCUGAAAUCUCUUCAAAACUAUCAAUUACAAUGCAUCGACAUAUUCUGAUAUUAUUUUUAUUCGGAUGCUUAUCAGCUGAUCAACGACUCUCAUCAACUUCAAUUUCAUCGAUGAAUGGAUUCUCAACAACUCGAAAAUGUGAACAUAUUACAAUUCCAAUGUGCAAAAAUCUGGAUUACAAUCAAACAGUAUUUCCAAAUCUUCUCGGACAUACAACACAAUCUGAAGCUGGUCCAGCAAUUGCGCAAUUCAAUCCAUUAAUUAAAGUUAAAUGCUCAGAAGAUAUUCGUCUCUUUCUUUGUACUGUCUAUGCACCUGUCUGUACAGUACUCGAAAAACCAAUUCAACCAUGUCGAGAAUUGUGUUUAUCUGCAAAAAAUGGAUGCGAGUCAUUAAUGAAAAAGUUUGGAUUUCAAUGGCCAGAUCAAUUGGAUUGUAACAAAUUCCCAGUAACUGAUUUGUGUGUUGGCAAGAAUUCCAGCGAGUCGAGCAACUCUAAAAAAAGUAGUAAUGACGUCACAUUCGGUGUUUCAACAAUUGCCAACGAAGUUGUCCUUUCUCCAAAAAAAUGCCCUCAUCAUAUGCAUACAACAAGCGGAUCUCAUUUUUCAUUGCCUCUUCUCAGUGGACGCCUUCCUGAAUGUUCAUUAACAUGUGAAGCUGACAAUCAAGUACCAAUGAUGUUUGAUGGACGUGUUCGACGAAUUCUUCGAAUCUGGACAGCAGCAUGGUCUGUGGCAUGUUUCGUGUGCUCUUUAUUCACUCUUGUCACAUUUCUUGUUGAUUUAUCACGAUUCGCGUAUCCAGUUCGACCGAUUUUGUAUCUCGCGUUCUGUUAUCUAGCAAUUUCUACGGUUUAUAUGAUAGGCGUAGUCGGUGAAGAUGGAUUCGCUUGUGGAACGUAUGGAUCUACUCCAACAACACUUGUUACGCAAGGAGGAGAAAAUGUUGGAUGUAGUGCUCUUGCUGUUGUUCAUUACUUUUUCUUCAUGUCAAGUUGUGCGUGGUGGCUUGUACUGUGUCUAGCCUGGUUCCUGGCGGCAAAUCUGAAAUGGGGAGCUGAAUCAAUUGCUGCUCUGUCACCAUACUUCCACGCAAUGUGCUGGGGAGUUCCAGCAGUUCUCUCGGUUACUGUACUAGUGACAAAUUCUGUCGAUGGAGAUGUAUUUACUGGAAUCUGUUCAGUUGGAAAUUUGAAUCCCUCUGCUCUCGUCUAUUUCUUUUUCACUCCGAUCGUUGUAUCGUUGGCACUCGGAGCAGUUUUACUCGUUUGUGGAAUUUGGUCAAUGAUCCGUAUUCGAAGUUAUAUUAAACUUCAACACGCCGAUGUUGAGAGGAAUAUCAGUAAAUUGGAGAAAUUAAUGUUGAGAAUCGGUGCCUUCGCCAUAAUGUACUCUCUACCAACUGCAAUGAAUGCUGCAAUUAUGUGGUAUCAGGCAGUAAAUAUGCCUGCCUGGCUUGAAGGAUGGCUUCAUCAUCGAUGUGUUCGACUUCAAGAUCGAGAAUUAUUCGGUUUCACGUAUCCAGUUGAUGAUUGUCCGAUGGAUCCGAAAGUUGCAGCUCCGGAGAUUAUUGUUUUUCUUUUAAAAUAUGUGUCUCAAUUGGUUGUUGGUAUAACCUGUGCCAUUUGGGUUGUCUCUUCAAAAACUCUUUCAAGUUAUCACAAGGCUUACCUGGCACUCUCUUCGAGGUCACCUACUGUACCUGCUCAUGUUGAUCAGGUUAAUAUGAGGUGAUAGUCUCUUCUUGUCAUUUUAUCCUAUUUAUAUGUAUUCUCAUUCCUUUUCUCACUUUUUUCCCAACCAACUCAAAUGUUUCUUUUUCUUCAUUCUUUGUAACUUUUCUGACUUAUUCUUAUGCUCUCUCUUGCUCAUCGGACGGCGCCCAUCGGUCCCCUUCCUCUCACAGAAUCAUUCCCCAGAGCAUGAUCCAUCUCUGUGUCUACACUCUCCUCGUCUACUCGUUGUCUCUCAAUGCUUCCUGAUUUGAGUUGCGACGAGCACAUUUCUAAGAACCGGCUCCCAAAGAUGCGCUCUUACAUAGCAAAAGAGAGACAACGAGUGGAAAAGAUGGUGAAAAAUGAUAUUUUUGAGUGGAAUUACAUUGAAAUCUGACAAAAAGGGCAGAAAGAAGCUUGAGAAAAGUCAAAAAAGAACCCCCUUCAAUUCAGGUUACUGUAGAUCAGUUCUCUCGCUGCCAUUUUUCAUGUAUCUCGUUUAUUCAUGUUCUUAAGUUCUGUUGUCACCAGCUCCAGCACAAGGUUCACACACUUUUUUUCACACUUUGAGCACUCCAAUCAGGGUAAAACCACUUUCAUCCCAGUCUUUGUCUCGAAUUUAGAGUUAUGAAUUUAUUACUCAUUAUUUAUGCGGUUGCUUAUUUUUCUUCAUCCUCAAUUUCUUUUUCAUCGUAUAUUCAUAUAUAAAUUAUACAUUAUUA